GCGCGUUUUCGCGCACCAGCCGCGGGACUCGGAGCGGCGGGAGGAGGAAGAGGAGGAAGAGGAGCGCAGCGUGUCUCCGAGUCUCCGGCUGGCAGGAUGCGGCUCCGGACCGUCUCGGUUCUGCUGAUGUCCCUCCUCGGCUCAGGCCUGGCCCUCCAGAUCCAGUGCUACCAGUGUGAGAUGACGGAUGACUGCGCCGCGCCCGAGUUCAUCGUCAACUGCACCGUCAACGUUCAGGACAUGUGCCAGAAGGAGGUGCUGAUGAACGACGACGGGAUCCUGUACAGGAAGUCGUGCGCCUCCUCCUCCGCCUGCCUCAUCUCCUCCUCCGGCUACCAGCAGUUCUGCACCGGGAAACUCCACUCUGUCUGCAUCAGCUGCUGCAGCACGCCGCUCUGCAACGGGCCCCGCCAGAAGAGGCGGCCCCCGCCGUCGUCCGGCACGGCCCCCGCCGGGCCCCUGCUCCUCAUGUUGGUCCUCCUCCUGCUGGACUCCAUCCUCUGCUGACAGAGACUCACUGGGUCUGGAGGAUCUGAUCCUGAUUUCAUCCUGAUUUCACUGAUUGUCUGAAAACCAGAACAGGAAACAGGAAGUUACUUUAACAUCAGAGCAGAUCCGCCAUUUCUACUGUCAGGACAGAGUUAGCAUGCUAACAGCUCGCUAGUAAACCGGGUAGAAAUAAACAGCAUAGAUCAGUUAUCACAUCACAGCGAAACAACAGAUUUUACACCAAUUAAAGGAGCAUUUCAUAUUUUAUUAAAUGUUUGUUUCUCUGAACAUUUUCCUGGUUUCAUCUCAGCGUCAGAAACUUCAUCACUUCACCAGAACCGACGAGCCGAGCUGAACGGGCCGCAGGUUCCCAGAGGCCCCUCCUUACAAAAUGUCUGAGUUUUUCUGCACAGUUGAGCUUUUUGUCUUUUUACUCCUUUUUAUUUUUGUUUUUCUGAGUCAUUUUCUGUUGAUGUGACCAGAAAACCCCAAAAUAAUAUUCAACUAAGAAAAGCAAUAAUUCAACUGAGUUUUCUCAAGUAAAAGUUAAAAGUACAGUAAAACAGAAAAAAUAAUAUUUUCCCAAAAUGUUAUUCAAGUUAUUAUAACUGAGUAAAUGUUAGUUGCAGCUCUGAACAUGUUUGUGGACGAGUUUGUGAAUUUCAUUAGUUUUAUCUUUGUUUAGUUCAUUUAUUAAUCUGUACCUAAUAUUAGUUUAUAAAAUAGACUGUUUUCUUGGUUGUGGAUUCAUUUUAAUGCUGAUUCCUAAUGAAUUGUAACAACCAGGACAGAAAGCUGUGAAAGUGGACAAAUUGAUCCAUAUUUAUCUUCUGCAGUUGAAUUAAGCUGAUAUUAGGAGGAUCUUUCUGCAGCAGCUGGUUCUCCAGUCGGGGCUCCAGCUCUAAUCAAGCAGCUGGAGCUUCGGCCGCCAUGUUGGCGGCUCUGGGCGGCAGGGUGAGCCACGCAGCGUGCGGUUGCCAAGCAGAAACACUGAGCUCAUCACUGAGGCUUCUGCGAUCAAUGAUUCUGACGCAAAGCAAACAGCCAGAGGAGAAGAAAACAGUUUUGUUUCUUCCAGCUGCACUUUGACAAAUCCAGGUGAGACACGGAGCUGAAGUUGGUUUCUGAUUGCAGCUUCCACCUAAUUUUUACUACAUUCUGCAUCUUUAAUCGACUCUAGAAUAAAAACUACAACAUCUAGGCUCUUCAAACCUGGACUGGAUUAUUCUGCUCUAAUAACAGAAUAUUUUAAUCCAUGUUGGGGAUUUGUGAGACCUUUACAUAAUUUGUGAAACUUCACUAAAGUUCAGAUUACUAUU